GAGGCGGCUCGGGGAGAUCGAGCAGCGAGCUGGAGCGCGGAGCGUGAGUGAGGGAGCAGAGCUGCCUGCCCGCCCGCCGCCGCCUCCCCUCCGUAAGCAGGAGCCCGGGCCGGGGCCCGGCACGCAGCCCCAGCCCCUCCGUCGUCGUCAGGCCGCGAGGGCAGCGCGCGCGAGCCAGGGGGAGGGAAAGCGAGCGAGCGAGCGCCGGGAGGAGGCGGCCGGACCGAGCGAGCGCCCGCGCGUGUGGCGUGAGGGGAAGCCGCUGCCCGCCCCCUUCGCCUUCCCUUCUCUCCCCCUCCCCGCUCCCCCCCCGACCGCGGAGCAGCACCAUGUCGGCGCCGGCGGCCAAAGUCAGUAAAAAGGAGCUCAACUCCAACCACGACGGGGCCGACGAGACCUCAGAAAAAGAACAGCAAGAAGCAAUUGAACAUAUUGAUGAAGUACAAAAUGAAAUAGACAGACUUAAUGAACAAGCCAGUGAGGAGAUUUUGAAAGUAGAACAGAAAUAUAACAAACUCCGCCAACCAUUUUUUCAGAAGAGGUCGGAAUUGAUCGCCAAAAUCCCAAAUUUUUGGGUCACAACAUUUGUUAACCAUCCACAAGUGUCUGCAUUGCUUGGGGAGGAGGAUGAAGAGGCGCUGCAUUAUUUGACAAGAGUCGAAGUGACAGAAUUUGAAGAUAUUAAAUCAGGUUACAGAAUAGAUUUUUAUUUUGAUGAAAACCCCUACUUUGAAAAUAAAGUUCUCUCCAAAGAAUUUCAUCUGAAUGAGAGUGGUGAUCCAUCUUCAAAGUCCACUGAAAUCAAAUGGAAAUCCGGAAAGGAUUUGACAAAACGUUCAAGUCAAACGCAGAAUAAAGCCAGCAGGAAGAGACAGCAUGAGGAACCAGAAAGCUUCUUCACCUGGUUUACUGAUCAUUCUGAUGCAGGUGCAGAUGAGUUAGGAGAGGUCAUCAAAGAUGAUAUUUGGCCAAAUCCAUUACAGUACUACUUGGUUCCGGACAUGGAUGAUGAGGAAGGGGAAGGAGAAGAAGAUGAUGAUGAUGAUGAAGAGGAAGAAGGAUUGGAAGAUAUUGAUGAAGAAGGGGAUGAGGAUGAAGGUGAAGAAGAUGAAGAUGAUGAUGAGGGGGAGGAAGGAGAGGAAGAUGAAGGAGAAGAUGACUAAUGGAACACUGAUGGAUUCCAACCUUCCUUUUUUAAUUUUCUCCAGUCCCUGGGAGCAAGUUGCAGUCUUUCUUUUUUUUUUUUUCUCCUUCUCCUCUUGUGCUCAGUUGCCCUGUUUUUGAGGUCUCUUUUCUCCUUUAUACCAUGGCUCACAACUUAUUUUGGAGGGAAAUACCUUGAGCAGAAUUCAGUGGGAAAAGAAUCUCUACCCCUUUCUGUUCCAGAUUCAUUUUUAUCCCUUCCUGUCUCAACAAAAACUUUAUGGAAUCAACACCACCAUGCUCUGUGGGAAAAAAGAAAAACCUUCUGCUCCCUUAGCUCUGCUGGAAGCUGGAGGGUGCUAGGCCCCUGUGUAGUAGUGCAUAGAAUUCUAGCUUUUUUCCUCCUUUCUCUGUAUAUUGGGCUCAGAGAUUACACUGUGUCUCUAUGUGAAUAUGGACAGUUAGCAUUUACCAACAUGUAUCUGUCUACUUUCUCUUGUUUAAAAAAAGAAAAAAAAAACUUAAAAAAAUGGGGUUAUAGAAGGUCAGCAAAGGGUGGGUUUGAGAUGUUUGGGUGGGUUAAGUGGGCAUUUUGACAACAUGGCUUCUCCUUUGGCAUGUUUAAUUGUGAUGUUUAACGGACAUCCUUGCAGUUUAAGAUGACACUUUUAAAAUAAAAUUCUCUCCUAAUGAUGACUUGAGCCCUGCCACUCGAUGGGAGAAUCAGCAGAACCUGUAGGAUCUUAUUUGCAAUUGACAUUCUCUAUUGUAAUUUUGUUCCUGUUUAUUUUUAAAUUUUUCUUUUUGUUUCACUGGAAAGGAAAGAUGAUGCUCAGUUUUAAACGUUAAAAGUGUACAAGUUGCUUUGUUACAAUAAAACUAAAUGUGUACACAAAGGAUUUGAUGCUUUUCUCUCAGAACAGAUAUACUUAAUAUGACUUCCCAAGUUUGACUUGUAUAAUGUUACUGUCAAACUUUGUCACCUUAACUUCGUAUUUUUUGAUAUGCACUUUGCAGGGUGACCUCAGGGCUAUGUUGAUUGAGUAAAGGGAUUUGAAUCAAUGUAUUAAUGUCUCCAUAGCUGGGAACCCAUCAUGGGUACAGUUUGACAUCAGUUUCUGAAAUUUUUCACAUCAUUUGGGGUAUCAGAUUGCUGAAAACUCAGUUCUGAAUAUGUUGUACCCUUGAUUUGUAUCUCAAAUUGGCAUUUCAAAAUAUGGGCUUUUAUUUACCUGGAUAUAAUAGUGCCUGCCACCACCAUCAGACAGACCUGGUGCUCUACUGCCGAGUUAAUACACAGGGCGAUUGUUGGCAUGUCUUCACUGGCACUGUAAAAUGUGGUCGAGAAGACAGGCUUUCAGAGUAAGAAGUCCGUAUUGGUGGUAAGAAACUCAGGUUAGGAGUACUUUUGUCUCAAAGUACCAGCUCUUUUAGCAUAUAGCUCUCAAAUGAGACCUGUCUGUGUGAAUCUGGGGGAGAUGAUGGACUCUGCUCUGUCUGCUAAAUGCCAUUGUGCAUAAAUCACAUUUUGAGAAGCUACCUAAUGCAUAAGCUUUUUAAUGCUGUAAAAUAUAGUAGCUAACAUUAAAUGCCACUUAGCUUUUUCAGAGAUGAAUUAAUGGACCGCCUGGUCAAAUUCAAAGCUUUUUGAUGUAUAAAAACUUUAUAAAUGGAACUAUUCCAUCAAUAGGCAAAGUGUAACGAAAACCUGUCUAGAUGGAUAGUAUGUAAUUUCUGCACAGGUCUCUGUAGCAAAUACAUCACUGUAUACUGGUCAGGAAUCUUGCUCCAAUAAAGGAACAUAAAGAUUU